GUAUUCGCUUUGAUGUACUCUUUACUGCUUCCUCUAUGUUGUGACUGCAAGUAGGUUGUGCGUGAUUCCUGGCGUUCAUUAGCCACCCCCGACCAUAUGGUCGCAAGUAUUCUAUGUAGCCUGCUCACGAGAGGGUACUGCUGUGUUUGUUUCUAGGGUGUCUCAGAACCUCCUCUGGCACUGGUAUCAGCGUGUCGCUCAGCAUAUUAGAGGCCAGUGAGAAUCCUAAAAGGUGAAUGAGGGUGAAAGAAAGGAACCUCCGUCGUCCGAAUUCACAUGUCCGUGAGUUCGAGGCUGUCUUUGCUAAGCAGCGUGCUCCAACGUUUACGUUUAACCAUCAUCCGAAUAAUACGAUGCGCAUAACCAGAGACAACUUGCUUCACGCUGCCAAAUCCUUAUGCACUGAUUUCGCAUCCAAGAAAGAUCCAGACGCUCUUAUGACACAUUUCUCUACGACACACCAAUGCGUAGCAUAUGAACAUGGUUUACCUAUUCUUGCUCCAUUUCUGGGACGUUACUUCGUCGGACGUGAUGGAGUACGAGAUUACUUCAAAACUAUAGCCUCGACUUUGAGUUUUGAUAGAAUGGAGUUUUCAGAGUAUAUCGUCGAUGCAGAAGUCCAGAAAGUUUCGGUGAAGGGCCGAGCAAGAUUCACCUGGUUGAGCUCAGAGCAGAGCUGGGACGAGAUAUUUACAUAUGUGCUGGACUUUGACGACGAUUGCAAGGUCACAGAUUAUCAUGUUUGGGCAGAUACAGGUGCUGCAUACCUUGCUAGCAAAGGUCAGCUGAGCACGGGCUAGGAUUGCAAGUAACUUGAAUUUCACAUGUCACAUCUGACGUAUGCGCCCACGGGAUCUAACUAAGCGCCGUACGUGCAUGUGCGACUGACCGUGUACAUCCGAUUGGUAAAACCUGGCUACACCUUUUCCGCCUUGUCUCACCUACCACUUCGUCAGAAUCGAGAU